AUCGGCUGUAGCUCAAGCAAGGAUUUGUCAUUACCCACUGCGUGGUACCUACCUAGCUAGCUCAGUCUAAGGCUGAACGCCUAUGUAGUGCUCAUCACACAGGCGAGGCCCCAAACUUCACAGCUAGACGUCAGCGGCUCACCCAAGAGUAGAAUAGGGUGGAAUAAGCGAGUGAGUAAAAAAAAAGAAGAAAAAAAGAGAGAACUUGAAAGCCACAGGACCUGGAAAGACCGAAGCGAGGAACUUUAGCCAGCCACUCACCUACCUAGCUGGUACCUCUCAGGCACUUGGGUACUUUUCUAAGCGGGCGCCAGGCCUGGGUAUUAGCCCCAAGAAGGGAGGGGACGAAGGGAGAUGGUAGAAGCGAGACAAGACGACAAGGGCAAAACAAUGCCGCCACCGGCGCGGGUGGAGCUGGAACGGCUUCCCGCCUUCAAGCCCGACUUAUACCACCGCGCCUGGUCGUCGACGCCGCACCCGACCCUGCCGCUGCUGGCCACGGCACACGACAAGUCCGUCACCGUCUUCUCCCUCUCGGACCUGUCGGCCCACAGCAGCCUCACGGGCGGCCACACCCGCUCCGUGCGGUCCGCCGUCUGGAGGCCCGGCAUGGCCCCCGGCAAGCUCUGCCUCGUGACCGGCAGCUUCGACUCUACCGCCGGCCUGUGGCGCUGGGAGAAGGAGGCGGGGGGCCCGACCGAGGUCCACGCCAGCGGGCAGCGUCGGGGCGACGGCGACGACGACGACGACGACGAGUGGGAGUUCACGCUGGUGCUCGAGGGCCACGAGAACGAGGUCAAGAGCGUGGCCUUUGCGCCGUCGGGCCACCUGCUGGCCACGUGCAGCCGCGACAAGUCCAUCUGGAUCUGGGAGGACGUGGGCGCGUCCGAGGGCGACGACGAGUGGGAGACGGUCUCGGUGCUGACCGAGCACGACGGCGACGUCAAGUGCGUGGCCUGGUGCCCCGACGUCCCCGGCCGCGCCGCCCUCGCCGGCCGCCGCCGCCACCACGGGCCCGACGCCCUCGCCUCGGCCAGCUACGACGAUACGGUCCGCGUCUGGCGCGAGGACCCCGAUGCCGAGUGGGCCUGCGCCGCCGUCCUCGACGGCCACGUCUCUACCGUCUGGGGCGUCCAGUGGGAGCCCAACCCGUCGGGCGCACGCGAGGGCCGCUACCCGCGCCUGCUGACCUGGUCCGCCGACGCCACCGUGCGCGUGUGGACGCUCGUCGAGGACGACCAGGAUGAAGAGAAUGGUGGCGCCGGCGGGGAUUCCACGCCCUCCGCCUUCGCCUCCGGUCUCGGCAACAUCCCCAACACGAUGCGCCAGGCGCCCAAGGAGGAGUGGCGCUGCACCGCCGUGCUGCCAAAGGUGCACACGCGCGACAUCUACUCGGCCGCUUGGAGCCGGUCCGGCCUCGUCGCCAGCACCGGCAGCGACGGCAUCGUCGCCGUCUACGACGAGUGCGACGACGACGACGACGGCGAGUCGCCCGAGUCCGUGGAUGGCGCCACUACCGCUGCCGCUGCCGCGGUCCCCGACCCCUCCUCGCUCUCCCUGCCCGACGGCGUCGUCCCCGCAGCAACAAAACAGCUGACGCCGCAGCAGGCGUCGGGCCAGGGGUGGCGCGUCCUGGGAACCGUCGCCGACGGCCACGGGCCUUACGAGAUCAACCACGUCACCUGGUGCCCCUGGUUCGACCCUGGGGCCAAGAGGCGGGGCGUCGAGGAGAUGCUAGUGACGACUGGGGACAACGGCGUCGUCCAGCCCUGGCAGCUGAACGGGCUCGAUGCUGCAGAAAUAGCUCGGAGUGGAGGGUCGGCAUAAUAGCAGAUACUGGGCCAAAGGGCGUUGCAUGUUUGGGUACCUAAAACAGACGGGCAGCCGAUGGCCGAUGAAUACUCUAUUCAUAGGAAUACAAGCAAGAAUAAACAACAACUACAUAUUCUAUUAUACG